AGGCACCCUUCCCAUGCCAGCAGCCUAAAAACUAUCACCAGGGUAUGGAGCGCUCGUAGAUGUUAUCAAGUCCAGCUGGAGCACAGGCUUUGUCAUAGACAGACCAAAUAAUAACUGUAUGAAUAACAACCAGGGAUUUCACACACUGAAAUGAAAGGAAAAUCUACGAGAAAUACAGGCAGCAGAGGCGCAACUUAAGAAAAACAAGAGUCAAAUAAAUCUCCUUCCGUCACUCCAUGGCAUCAGAAAUGAUAUGGAUCAACUAGAAAAAAGAUUUUUGCACCCAUCAGCGGUCAAACUGCACUGAUGCAGGAGAGAAACUGCACUCAUGAAUCUAAGCUAUGAUUGUAUCAGACAAUGUCACCCCAGACACAGAGAGUGAAAGUCUCUUGCACAUCGACAGACAGGAAGAAGUGGUUGCGUAACGGAGCGAAGCAGGAAGACGUCAUAGAAAGGAAGCUUUUAUCCUUGCUGAAGGUUUUCAGAUGAAGUCGGUCCUUCCUAGUGGAAGAGCUUGAUCACGCGUGUGAACCCCGGUUCCACAGAGACCACGGAAACAUCCUCCGAUGGGUUUUGACGGAACAACGCGUGUGGUCAGAUCAUGUCAGCAGACCACACAGCCCAGCUUAUUUUGGGGCGAUGCUAUCCAUUUGAUGCCGUUUUACUUUGGGUUUUUCUACCUGGUGAGUGGAAAGACACUUUCUAAAAAUACCAGAGGAACCAAGGUGCUUUUUUUUUUUUUUUACACCGGGAGGAUUAAUCAUCAGACCAACGUUGAUAGGCGCUGAAGCCAAAGAGCACCAAAGGAGAAGCCGUGUCCCACUCUGCCCACAGUGAAGAAACUCUUGGAGCAGAAAAGGCUUCGCGAAUCCCCCUCAGUGUCGCCCUCCUGCUCUUCAACAUCAACAACCAGUCCAGUUCCACUCAACCCUGUCACAGUGUCUUCAGCAGAAGCCUUCUCCUGCGCAGGUCCAUCCUCUCUGACUGGAGCAUCGAGCGGCUACCCUGAGAUGGCGGUGGGUUACGAACAGUGGAACCCGGCGCCAGAGACCACCUUCAGCUACUACCCUGCUCAACCAGGACCCAGCUACGAAGCAGACUUCAGCACCCAACUGGCUCUGGAGUACAACACAGCACAGCUCCAGCAGGAGUAUGGAGAUCCGGUGCCCCAGACAUACGGAAGCCACAUGCCAAUGAGGGAGCAGAGCUGUGUCUCACACUGGUCGAUGUUGAAGCCGUGCCAGGCGCCGCAGUCCAUCUUCGGCUCACUGGAUCCGCACAAGCUGGAGGAGGCCCGGUUGCUGGUGAAUGGGAUGGAUAACAGCAGGGUCACGCAGCAGGACGAGGAUGGAGACACCAUCCUGCACAUCUACACUGCCAAGGGCCUCAGAGAGUGUGCUUUUGCAACUGCAGAGAGGCUGAGAGCGCUGGGGUCCCUGGACACCAGAGAACACAAGGGCAAGACAGCACUGCUGGUGGCGGUGACAGCGAACCAGCCUGAGAUCGUUCACGACCUGCUGAACCUCGGAUCGGACAUCAACGCGUGUGACGUCAGCGGACAGUCGGCUCUCCACCUGGCAGCCGAAUAUGGCUUCCCACAGGUCCUGCAGGCUAUUUUGUCCAACAGACCUGGAAUUGCGCUCGAGACCCGCAACUUUGAAGGCAUGACCCCGCUCCACACCGCCGUCAUCUCCCACAGCGCCACCAUCAAAGCUCUGAUCGGCAGCACGGUGCCGGACGUUAAACACCAAAGCAAAGCUGAGGAGAAGCUCCUGUGUGUGCAGCUCCUCCUCAGUGGCGGGGCGUCUCUGCUCAGCCAGGAAAUUAAGAGCAACAAAACGGCGCUGCACUUGGCUGUCAAAGAAGGAAACAUGGAUCUGCUGUGUCACCUGCUGAGGGUCCCGCUGCCCAACAUCCGAGAGUUUGUGAACAUGAAAGCUCACGGUCACACCGCCCUGCACAUGGCAGCUGGGCUGCACUCUCACCCGCAGCAGAGAGAAAUCAUGCGGCUGCUGCUCAGCAAGGGAGCUGAUCCCAGCAUCCGAAACCUGGACAACAACCUGCCAGCUCAUCUUCUGCAGAGCGGCCCUCAGGGAGAGCAGCUCAAGGUUUUGCUGAAGAAGCGAAGCGCCUCCUCCCGCCGCUGCUUCAAGUCCUCCCCGGAGCAGUUCUAUCAGUAGUAAUCCUGAUUUGGAUGCAAAAACAAACCCAAACCACAUGGUCUGACUUGUUGUCGAUCGUGUCUUUCAAGUUGAUUUCUGUGAAAUCCUUAAUAUGGAGCUCAGGACAACGUCCCAGGACGUGCUUCUCUCCCGAGGUCCACCUCCACGUGCCGGUUAAAAAAAGCACGGACGUCGGAGUUUGAAACGCAAUUCGUUUAAUUGAUUCUCAGAUACAACAGAAUACCUGCAGCACUUCAGCUGAGUGUGUGUCACCGUGAGACUUGCCUGCUAUGACUCGCGAGUCACGCUGAAUUUUAAGUUGCACCUGCGCGCUGCUAGCGGCAUGGAAAAUCCAACUGCAAACCAAAACGACCUUUAACCUUUAGGGAUGUUUCACUUUCAGUCUUCUGGGUGAUGAGCAAAUGUGCCACCUGUUUUUCUCUGUUUAUCAUGUCAUAACUUAUUUGAAGUAGCUGGGAAAGUAAUAUAUAAUAAACACAACUGAUUCAUUGUCGUCUCCUCUUUUUUUUUUUUGGACUUGAACUACAACAACACAUAAAUAAGAGUUGGAGUAAAUUUAAAAAUAG